AAAAGAGAUGACGUCCAGCUGGUGGAGCAUCAGAUGCCUCUUCUGGGGUCAAGCCAGCCACCCUCACCCCACUUCAGCCCCUUUAUUUAUACCCACUCGAUUUUUUUCUUCCGGUGAACAUCAAAGACGCACACCGCACGGCACGGCACCGCAUACCACCCAUAUUUUCUAUUUCUUCUCUGCAAGUCCUUCCAUCUCUCCUUCUUGAAGCUUCGAAGAAUGGCCGAGCAGCUCACCGAGGAGCAGAUCGCCGAAUUCAAGGAGGCUUUUAGCCUCUUCGACAAGGAUGGCGAUGGCUGUAUCACCACUAAGGAACUUGGAACAGUGAUGCGAUCACUGGGGCAGAAUCCCACUGAAGCUGAGCUCCAAGACAUGAUUAAUGAGGUUGAUGCUGAUGGAAAUGGAACAAUUGACUUUCCGGAGUUCCUCAACCUGAUGGCGAGGAAGAUGAAGGACACUGACUCUGAGGAGGAGCUCAAGGAAGCUUUCCGGGUUUUUGACAAGGACCAGAAUGGCUUCAUUUCUGCAGCUGAGCUCCGCCACGUCAUGACAAAUCUCGGUGAGAAGCUGACUGAUGAGGAGGUUGAUGAGAUGAUUCGCGAGGCUGAUGUUGAUGGUGACGGGCAAAUCAACUAUGAGGAGUUCGUCAAGGUCAUGAUGGCCAAGUGAGGAUCGAUCCGAAACUAGAAACUUGAAAUUUUAUAAAACCAGAAAGGAACAGGGCAGAUAAGUUUGAUGAGAUUUUAUAUUUCACAUUAGAAGGUGUUGAUUUGGUAUCACUAGCUUUGGGUGGUGGUCUGUUUUGUUUUGUUUUUUUGUUUUUUUUUUUUAACUUUUGAUGCUUGCAUUGUUUUCCAGUGCUGUUCUUGGCAUCUGCUUGUUUGCUCUGUCUUUUGUUUUAGUAUCUUGGUCGGUAGUGUUUCAAUUAUGUUUGUUAUUUUCCCUUUUUAUCUCUGGUACUGUGAACCUAGAACAAUUGGGAAUCCGAUGGUUUUGCUUUUGGUGACUAA